AUGCCGUCGCUGCCGCAUCGCCCAGUGCUGGCCCCCCGUGACGGCAUAUCUAGCUUUGUGUCUGUCCAAAGCUCGGAUUCCUAUUACAGCGACCACGAAAUCGCCAUACUACACCAUGUCGUCACGGCAGCCCAACAGAACCUCGAACUCCUUCCCGAGGGAGAGCGACUGGCAACAAAUGCCUUAUUCCAGGCCUAUGACGCCGUACUCCCGGUCUUCGGCAUUGAUCCGGAAGAGGAAAACCACAUCUCGCGCCUCGUAUUCCGCGUCGGCGGCGAACGCGGCGAAGGAUCACUUCAGGAGAAGCUUCACGCCGUCUUGUCAAGAAUGGGCAUUGGCCUUGAAUUCGGAAGCGACGGGUCCAGGGUACUAUCAGACAACGGUGACGGCGACGAAAACGAAGACGGAGCCGAAUAUGAAGAGGCUUCUUUGCCACAGCCUGCGCCUACGGACACCGACCGGAACUCUGACACGUCCGAAGACGAGUCUUCCAACGAGGUCGAGCUUGCACCGCGAGACCAAUACGCGCCUCUCCAACAUUCGCAAGCGCAAGCACCACACCACUUGGACGAUGAUGAAUCUCCCCCAAGGCUGACGCGCAUUGGCCUGGUAUCAAACCACUUAGAUCUGAAGUCUAUCAACCAUACCAAACCGCCAUACCACAGCUAUACACCCUCAACGGCUGGAAACACAGAACAAAGCCGCCAAAGCCGGCAGUCCAUAUCUGGCACCAUUGUGCAACGUGGCGCCAGCGACACCACGGUUCAGCCCAUCGAGGCGUCCCAUAUUCACCCUGUGAAUGAGACUGAGGCGACCGCUCUACCCAUACGGACAAAACCCGUACGAAAGGUGAAUUGGCUGCUUCCGCCUGAUACUACCAGCAUCAGCGCGGGCACCAGUGCCGGUGCCACUGCCCCAGAACCAGUUCGAAAUGGAACCAGGGUUUCUGAGGUCACGGAAGACCAUGUUGCCCAUGGUACUGAGACACACGAUUCUGGUGAGCACGAGCUCAGUGCUCAGGAGCCUCCAGUACAUGUGCCUGUUGUGCAUGAAUCUACAGUCCAGGGGAUUGCCGCUCAUCAAUCACACAGGCAACAGCAACUAGUCGAAGAACUCUCUAAAGGCAGGAUUGAAGGUGCUGAAGCAGAGCGAGUGGUUGACGACGGAAUCAAUGAAGACCCUGACGAUGAAGCAAGAUACGCGCUAUUGGAAUGGAAAUCGACCAAGGUGAAGGGGUACUUAUUGCUCCUCAGAGGAUUGUCACACUGGAAACAACACGCUCUCGACAAGCUCGAACGAAUGGCCGUAGCCAGGAGACACAUCUUGCGGAUGCGUCACUUUGACCCGUGGGAACUGGUGACGGCCGAAACUAGGAUCCGGGGUCGUCGCGUGUUUACUUCCCGUCUGAUGGCCUCAUGGCUCAGGCGCGCCGGUGAUGACUUAGCUACAGAAGAUGCCGCCUUAGUCCACGCCCAACGGAAUACGGUCCAGAACGCCCUCAAACAAUGGUCGACCUCCUGCCUAACCCCGACGGAACCUCAUCAUCCGCCGCGCACUGUGUCCAUCUAUUUGCGACAAUGGUAUUCGGCUUGUUCAUCUUUACAAGGCCUAGGGUCACACAUGGAGGAUUUGUAUGAAGAAUAUGGGAGAUUUCGGGUGUUGAAGACAUGGUCCUACCAGGCAACGUCUCACCUGAGAGAUGUUGCGGCAUUCCGCAGAUACCAUGCCGUCCAGGGCCCCCUAUACCAGUGGCAUCUUGACUCAAGGGUGGAGGUUUUCAAGUCCAAGAUGGAAAUCAAGCUCGUUCGCAGCUGCUUGUCAAGGUGGCAAAGCGCGUGUAGAGCGCCACCGACAUUUGGGCAGAGCAACGCCUUUAGCCGCGGGAUUGCUGUAGAUUAUGUGUCUGGCAUUGCCUUGCCUAGACCGCGGCGAGGUGCGAGUUCCCUUAUGGCCAUAUCAGAUCGCCUGCUGAAGACCAAAGUUCUUGGCAAUUGGCAACGACAAGCUUCAAUAGUCGCCAAGACGAGCACGAGAUCGCGUCGGUUUGCAGCGCAUCAAGGAGCGCAAAAGGCAUUGGAAAUGUGGCAUAUCGACGUCGGUGAGAAAAUAGACCUCCAGAAGUGGGUGCAGCGCGGUUGUUUCUACAUUAGUGCCACACAUACACUCAAGACAUGGCGAUCCAGAUCGGCUUGGAGGUCAGGGACUCGAAAAUCUUACGCCCGAUGCAGGCAGCACGUCAAGGCUACCUUCACGAAGGGCUAUCUCAAUCUGUGGAAGACAGCUACUCGUACCCACGGAAACUUGGGCUGGAAAGCAGACCAGCACCACAUUGUGGUGGAACAUGAUCGUCUUGUUCACAUGUUGAAAUUGUGGCGAGACGAGAGUAGCCGCGACUGGGGCACGGGUAAACUUUUGACUGCUGCAUGGGUGGACGAAUGGCACGGCAUGUCCCAAGAUCUCGCAGUCAAAGAGGACCGCGUCAACCAGGCUUGGUCAGUGAACCUGAAGUCACGCUGGUGGAGCCAGUGGCAAUCAUCCUUACUGCAAUUGAAGAGCCGAGAAUACGUGGCAUUGGACGUUAGGGAGAGGAACAGCAAGAAGGCUGUACGACGUCUUCUGCUACAUUGGAAGGGGGACAGGAAUUUGAACAUAUCUCACCAGUCAACGACACUCAGAGCUAGUCUCGGCAGCUCAAGGAGAGGAGCUGGCUUCGUGGCCGGUCGCACCUCGCUGCCACUCUCGAGAGCAGUUCACGAACGACCUAGUGGACCAAGUCUUAGGGGUUCCAGGAUCCAAGAAGUUGAGCCAACGGCCGACGACGAUGAUCACGACGGAACCGGGUCAGGACCCGAUGCUGAUGGAGUUGUGGCGGAUACGCCGACCCGGUGGACGGGUAUGGCUUCUUCUGUGAGGCUUCCGUCCAUGACACCUUUUGCUCCCCUCCCAACGCCAUUCGAACGAGAGCUCCGAGAACGGUACAACCGAAGCGUGCCUGCAGCUGCGACUGGCCAAAUGAGCAGCCUCUCCUUCGCACAGGCGCAAAGGCUCUCUGUAGCCGGGACACGGCGAGGAGCUAAGGAGAAUACAGCGGAUGUUGGCAGAGGUGGUUGA